CUUGACUGCAAGACUCUAGGUUGGGGGCCCAGGAAGAACACCCACCCACAAUUUUUGGGUAGGGAUGGCUUUCUCUCCGUCCCCUAACUUCUGAGGUUCUCCAUUGGAUUCAGGUUCUGCUGCACCCUUCCAACCCCAUCUCCCCAGCCUGUGAAGUUGGCAUAUAUAGGCUUAGACACAGGGUAAAGGACCUCUAAAUUCUGGGGGUUGCAGGGAAAAGCUGAGGGGAUUACUGAUUCUGGGAGACUCAUGGAAGAGGUGGAGCUGAAGCAAGAAUUGAAGAAUGGAAUACAUUCCAGGCCUGGGAGAGCUGAGCAGAGCUGAGCAAAGCUGGGAGGUGCCCUCCUGGCUUAGUCAUGGCGAAGCUGGAGACACUGCCUGUGCGUGCUGACCCAGGGCGGGACCCUCUCCUGGCCUUUGCCCCGCGGCCCUCUGAUCUCGGACCCCCGGAGCCCCGCCUGGCCAUGGGCAGCGUGGGCAGCGGGGUGGCCCAUGCUCAGGAGUUCACCAUGAAGAGCGUGGGCACCCGCACAGGGAGCGGGGGCAUCCAGGGCAGUUUCCCUGGCCCCCGCGGCAGUGGUGGUGGGGCCAGCAGGGAGAGGCCUAGUCGCUACCCCUCAGAGGACAAGGCUCUCACCAACUCCCUCUACCUCAAUGGUGAGCUGAGGGGCAGUGACCACACAGACGUCUGCGGCAAUGUGGUGGGCAGCAGUGGUGGUAGCAACAGCAGUGGUGGCAGUGACAAGGCCCCGCCACAAUACCGUGAGCCCAGCCACCCACCCAAACUCCUGGCCACCUCUGGCAAGCUAGACCAGUGUUCAGAGCCGCUAGUUCGGCCAUCAGCCUUCAAGCCUGUUGUACCCAAGAAUUUCCACUCCAUGCAGAACUUAUGCCCCCCACAAACCAACGGGACCCCCGAGGGACGCCAGGGCCCUGGGGGUGGCCUCAAGGGUGGACUGGACAAGUCUCGGACCAUGACCCCAGCCAGCGGGGGCGGGGGCAGCCUCUCUGACUCAGGCCGGAACUCACUCACAAGCCUGCCCACCUACACCUCCAGCUAUAGCCAGCACCUGGCGCCCCUCAGUGCCUCCACCAGCCACAUCAACCGCAUCGGCACUGCUAGCUAUGGCAGUGGCAGCGGCGGUAGUAGCGGCGGCGGGUCGGGCUACCAGGAUCUGACAGUCUCUGACAGUGGACGGGCCUCUAGCAAAAGUGGGUCGUCCUCCUCCAUGGGGCGGCCAGGCCACCUGGGCUCUGGGGAGGGUGGAAGUGGAGGCCUGCCAUUUGCGGCCUGCUCCCCACCCUCGCCCAGUGCACUGAUCCAGGAGCUGGAGGAGCGGCUGUGGGAGAAGGAACAGGAGGUGACGGCUCUGCGGCGGAGCCUGGAGCAGAGUGAGGCAGCCGUGGCUCAGGUACUGGAGGAGCGUCAGAAGGCAUGGGAGCGUGAGCUGACUGAGCUGCGGCAGGGCUGCAGUGGGAAGCUGCAGCAGGUGGCCCGCCGCGCCCAGCGCGCCCAGCAGGGCCUCCAGCUGCAGGUGCUGCGGCUGCAGCAGGACAAGAAGCAGCUGCAGGAGGAGGCAGCCCGGCUGAUGCGCCAGCGGGAAGAGCUUGAGGACAAGGUGGCCGCCUGUCAGAAGGAGCAGGCCGACUUCCUGCCCCGGAUGGAAGAAACUAAGUGGGAGGUGUGCCAGAAGGCUGGUGAGAUUUCCCUCCUGAAGCAGCAGCUGAAGGACUCGCAGGCUGACGUGUCACAGAAGUUGAGUGAGAUUGUGGGGCUGCGCUCCCAGCUGCGGGAGGGCCGGGCCUCACUGCGGGAAAAGGAGGAGCAGCUGCUCAGCCUGCGGGACUCUUUCGGCAGCAAACAGGCCAGUCUGGAGCUGGGUGAGGGGGAGCUGCCGGUGGCCUGCCUCAAGCCUGCACUGACCCCUGUGGACCCAGCGGAGCAGCAGGACGCGCUGGCCACGUGUGAGAGUGAUGAGGCCAAGAUGCGUCGUCAGGCCGGCGUGGCUGCCGCUGCCGCCUCUGCUUCCUUGGGUUCCUUGGACGGGGAGGUGGAUACUGGGGGGGAUAGCGGAACACGGGCCCUGCGGAGGGAGGUGGGGCGGCUGCAGGCCGAGCUAGCAGCCGAGCGGCGAGCCCGGGAGCGCCAGGGUGCCAGCUUCGCAGAGGAGCGCCGCGUGUGGCUGGAGGAGAAGGAGAAGGUCAUCGAGUACCAGAAGCAGCUACAGCUGAGUUAUGUGGAGAUGUACCAGCGUAACCAGCAGCUGGAGCGGCGGCUGCGGGAGCGGGGGGCGGCCGGGGGUGCAAGCACGCCUACUCUCCAACCUGGGGAGGAGAAGAAAGCCUGGACCCCCUCCCGCCUUGAGCGCAUUGAGUCCACAGAAAUCUGAACCGAAACUUGGGCAUUGAGUCCCCAGUGUCCCCUCCCCUCCAUCUCUCUUUCCUAUGUCCCGCGUAUCCCCAGACCAAAGAGGUUCUCAGAGAAGCUGUGACCAGACCAACACCCUCCCCACCUCGGGUACCUCCCAAGUCUACCACUGCCCCUCUGGGCAGCCCACUCAGACCCUCCUUUCAAGGAGGGAAUGGAGGAGGGCAGAGUGAGUAGGGAUGAGGGACCCAGGCAGCAGAGAGCCCAUGCUCUCUCUCUUGGCCCCGCUUGUUGGAGAUGGGGGCGACAGGCCUGCAGUGCCAUGAGGAGCCCCCACCCCUCUGUGGGCCUGGGUUGCUACUGUUGGCCGUCCUGUGUCCAGUGAUGCUGUGCUCACCUCCUCAGCCAUGUAGCCAGAGGGGGCCUGCAUAGGUUCUGCCGAAGGUGACAGGCCCCUGGGCUCCCAACUUCUCCUUCCUGCAGUGUUCUCCUUCCCUGGGCAGGUUGGCAGGGCAAGUGGGAGCAGAUGGCCUGCCUGUGGUUGAGAGGGCUACCUGCCAGCGCCUCCCUCCAAGGUCUCUUGGGCUCAGGUCUCAGAGCCUAGCCUCGUCCUGAGUGUGUGUCAUUAUGUGCGUGCUGGGGAGGGUGAAGGUUGGGGCAGUGCCCAGGGAAGAUUUGCCCUCCUGUUCUUGGGAAGGGUCACCUGAAGGCUUCUCAGCUUUACCCUCACCCUCCGGCCAGGAUCCCACAGCCUCAUCUGCUUGGCAACCCCACACCCAGGGCCACUGUCUGGCUCUAACUACAGCUAUUAAGUGCUACCUGCCUCUCAGGCGCUCCCCUCAGUUUUUGAGAUCAGAUGAGUGUCUGUGAUGUCUUCCCCCACUCGAUUGUCCCAGCCUCCACCUGCUUUCAUGCUCAGAACAUCAUCGUUCCAGGCUGCGUCUUCCCCAAAGUCUCACCUUUUCUUCCAGCAGAAAAUUCUGCUUGACCUUUGGUGCACUACCCACCUCCAAGCUCUUCUGGGCCCAAGUCUGAACCUGAGGCCCUUAAUGAGAAGGGGUUUGAUGUGACUGCCCUUGGAGAACCAGGCUGACCUGGAGGAAGACUGACCCCUCAGCUCCCAGGGCCCUGAGGAGGUCCAGCAUUUGCUCAGAAUAAGCCUGGCAUGGCAAUUAAUGGGGUUGGGAGCCAAUGUCAUUCCCUUCCUCCUCUUGGGUCCUCUCAGAGUUCAACUCCCCAAGACUGGAAGUGAAAAACAAAUUUCUAAUUCACCAGCAAUAAAAAUUGGAGGAGGCUUGGCCCUCAGCCCUUGUAUUUCUCUUUUCACUCUCUCUUCCUCCCACACCCAAGACUGGGUUGGCCGGGGCAGGGUGGAGAGAGCUGGUAACUACUGUAAGUCCCCCAGCCCCUGACCAGACUCCUCCCAUGACUGGUGACUGUUCGAUGAACUAUGAGCCUCCCACAAAAACAGGAGUGCCCCUCUGUGUGCCCUCUACCCUUCCCCUGCACAGCCCCUUCUGGGUGUCCCUAACCAGGUCUCUGAGCUGGGCAGGGAGGCCUUCCUGGCCACCACUGCCCAUUCCAUUCAUACCUGACUGCACCUGCCUCAGAACCUGGGCCUGGGCCAGAGAGGCAAGAAGAAAAGGCAUUAGUAGAAAAAAAAAAAAAAUGACUAGACUCAGUCUUUGGGACGUCCAACCAUAAAAUAAAUUAUAUAUAAAUAUAUAUAUAGAUAUAUAUCUCUACCAUAUGUGAUGGAAAGACUUUUCGUUUUCCUUUCCCAAAGAAAUAAAAUGGAGAAAGCCUCUUGAGUGGCAUUCUUUGGCAUGUUUGUGUCUUUGCAGGUAUGGGAGGCGGGGCCUGGGGUGUGGAGGACAAAGCUGGAGUAAACAGAUUUCCCAGAGGAGGCAUGAGACCCAAGGGGCUUACUAGGCUGUGCCAAGAGGUGGGGCCCAAAGCCCAAAAUCCUCCAUUGCCCAGGAGGGGUUGUGGCUCCAUGUUUCUGCCCAAUGGGGCUUUCUCUUUAGAACCUAGGCACGAAGCUGCUGGCCAGAAGGCAGGUGAUCUAGGAGAGUGAGAUGCAGUCUGAGGUAGCCUGAGCUACUUUACAGUGUUGGCCGAUGUUGAGGAUAGAAUGAGCAGAAGUGAAGGCUGAGAACAGGUUUGUAAUUAGUGGUGAGGCCCCAAAGGCAGAAGGGACCCAAGCAUGCUGCAGAGCAGGGAGAUGUCCUUUAGAGAUAAGUUCUCUCCUUUCGGGUCAUUGGUGGUACAGCGGUAGAAUUCUCUCCUUCCAUGCAGGCAGGAGACCCAGAUUGUACUCCCAGCCAGUGCACCUCAUGGACAGCCACCAUCUGUCAGUGGUGGCUUGCAUGUUGCUAUGAUGCUAAACAGGUUUUAGCAGAGCUUCUAGACUAAGACAGACUAGGAAGAAAGGCCUGUGAUUCUAUUUUCAAAAAUAAGCCAGUAAAACACAGCAAUCUGAUCCACAACUGAUCAUGGGGAUGGUGAAGGACAGGGUAGCGUUUUAUUUUGUUGUGCAUGGGGUCGCCAUGAAUCGGGGGCCAACUCCAAGGCAGCUAACAAUGACAACAGCUGUCCUUUCUGACAAAUCCUUCUGUCAGCCUCACAAAGCCCCCAAUCAAGAAUGCAUUCUGUUACAAAUAACAAAACCUGAUUUAUAAGAUCUCAAAAAGGAGCUUGUUUUUCCUCACCUGACAAGGUGCUGUGGGUGUUGGUUCAUCGAGCACCCAGAAUUUUCAUCCUGCCACUAUUCCAUCCUUAGCAUGUUGUUCCCUCCUUGCCACAAGGUGGCUGCCAAAGCUCCAUGAAGGGAUUGGGAGCCAUACCACUUUAACAUGAAAGUAAAAGCUUACCCAGACUCUCCCCCUCCCCCAUUCUUUCCUCUAA